AUUCCGUAAAGUUUAUGGCUCGUCACUAAAUGCCCGCGGUCGUCUUUUGUCAAUUUAAAUUUAAAAAUGGCUCUUUUGUUUCGAUGAUGGAAAAAACUAAAAUUUUGCACAAAAAUGGAGGACGAGGAGUUUUUAGGUUGCAUCAGUUGCAUGGGAUCAAAUGAUUUAUACGACCUAUUUGCUGUUUAUGAAGAAAAUGCUGAAACUUACGCUAGCUUGCUUGAAACCUGUUUUUCGAUAAAGGUACCUAAUAACUUAAGACACAUAUGUGCUGACUGCGCAGACCAGCUCGAUAAAGCAGCAGCCUUCAAAGACCAAACAGAGAGCAGCAUGGCCAUGCUUCAGAAUGUUAAGCAGGAAGAAUACUUAGAUGAGACCAUAUUGGCGGAGGCGGAGUGUGUGCCUGAUGACCCUGAGAUUAAGGAGGAGGGCGUCAGGAGAGGAGCAUCCGAUGAUGAAGAUGAGGAGUUUGAGGAUGUGGACGACGAGCACGCGAUCCAGGCGCUUGACGAGACCACGUGCAUAUACUGCGACUUGCAACUCUCCUCGGUGGAGGAGGUCCAUGAACACAUCCGCUCUGUCCACGAACUCGAGCCUAGAACCGGGCAGCGGCUGAGAGAGUGCUCGCUGUGCGGCGUGCCCAUGCGGGAUGCUGCUGAUCAUCAUAAUCGAUGUCAUGGAGGCAAAUCGGAGAGCGAGGGUCGCAAGUAUCCGUGCCACUUCUGCGACAACGUGUACAUCAGCAAGAAGGCUUGCUUCACUCACCUCAGGAUGAAGCAUGGACUGAAACUGUGCAACGACCAAGCGCCGAAGUAUGUUCCUCGCGAGCGCAAGAAAUGUCAUCUGUGCAGCAGGGACUUCAGCCAGAAGCAGAUCCUGAACAAGCAUCUGAUGAAGGCUCAUGGAUUGGAGGUGGAGAAGCGCAAGGCGUUCAUCUGCCCGCUGUGCGACGAGCGCGUGAGCUACGGCUCGCACUUCAGCGCGCACCUGCUGCACCGACACCGCGUGCACGAACACGUCGAGCAGCUCGAGUUCCACCACAUGGACGAUUUCAUGCUAUUCAAGAGCGCCAUUCAGGAGGAGACCAAGUACAGAUUCCGAAAGACCACGGCCAGCAAGCAGACCAUCGAAGGCAUCCGCUCGCACUACAUGUGCAGCCAGUCCGGGGUCUACGUGUACCAAGGCAAGGGCAAGCGUCCGGCGCCGGAGCGGCAGAUCUACAAGACGGGCAAGGCGUGUCCCGCGCACAUGAUCGUCACCGAGACCACCGACCGCGUGCUCGUCACCUUCUACAAGACGCACGUCGGGCACGGCACAUGUCCAUACUUCGAGCCGCGUGAAGCGAAGAAACCGAGACAAGACCGCGCGUCCACGUCCCGCGACCUCGCCGAGCUGGCCGGCCUCACGGACCUCACGGACCUCACGGACCUCGCCGAGCUGGCCGGACCGAGACACGAGGCCGAGGUGCUGAUCUGCGACGCGUGCGGCAUGCUGUUCGCCGACAUAGACAAGUUCCGAGACCACGUCGCCACGCAUGGCCUGGAGCUGUACCCCUGCCAGUAUUGUGAUGAGGAUUUCCAAAAUCUAAACGCGUGGUCGCAUCAUGUGAGGGUGGAGCACAAUGUGGACAUUGUAUUUUAGUUUUAAGGGAUUUUGUUAGAAGUACACGAAGUUAUUUUAUUUAAAAAUGAUGAAUUUGAUUCGUUUGUCUGUUUAGUUAAAUAUAAACUUGUUUUUAAAUA